AUGAGGGUGGUCGUGCUCGCCCUGACUCUGGCCCUCGCGGCUGCGCAACAUAACUUUGCCCCUGAUUUUGCUCUGGGUAAGACAUAUGUCUACAAAUAUGAGACACUGCUCCUGGGCGGUCUACCAGAGGAAGGACUGGCAAGAGCUGGACUGAAAGUCAAAAGCAAAGUUUUCAUCAGCGCCAUAGAACAGAACCUGUUGAUGGUCAAGCUUGUGGAUCCAGAGCUCUUCGAGUACAGCGGUGUUUGGCCAAAGGAUGCUUUAAUCCCGGCCCCUAAGGUGACAGCAGCCCUGGCCCCUCAGCUCGUGAUCCCCAUCAAGUUUGAAUACACCAACGGCGUCGUCGGAAAAAUGUUUGCGCCCGAGGGAGUCUCCGUGAUGGUGUUGAACAUCUACAGAGGCAUCCUCAACGUUCUGCAGCUCAACAUCAAGAAGACGCAGAAUGUCUACGAGAUGCAAGAGGACGGAGCUCAGGGGGUGUGCAAGACUCUCUACGCCAUCACCGAAGAUGAGAAGGCUGAACGUAUCCAUCUGACCAAGACCAGAGAUCUGACACACUGUCAGGAAAGGGUCUUGAAGGAUAUCGGGUUGGCGUACACUGAGACGUGUGCUAAGUGUCAGCGGGAUUCCAAGAACCUGAAAGGAGCGACGGCAUACAACUACAUUCUGAAGUCGGUUUCCAGUGGUGUGAUGAUCUUGGAGGCAUCUGUCAAUGAAGUUAUUCAGUUCUCACCUUUCCACGAGAAAAGUGGUGCUGCUCAGAUGGAGACCCAGCAAAAAUUGGUUUUCCUGGAGGUCCAGAAAGUUCCCAUCGUACCAGUUAAAGCAGAGUACCUCCACCGUGGAUCCCUCAAGUACCAGUUCUCCACCGAGCUGCUGCAAACACCCAUCCAGCUUGUGAGGCUCACCAACGUCCAGGCCCAGAUUGCGGAAAUUCUAAACCACCUGGUCAGCCACAACAAGGAGAGAGCCCAAGAGGAAGCCCCACUCAAGUAUUUGGAGCUCAUUCAACUUCUUCGCUUGGCCAAAUAUGAAGACCUGCAAAGGCUUUGGAGCCAGCAGAAGACGAAAGAAACACACAGACAAUGGAUGUUGGAUGCCAUUCCUUCCAUCGGAACUCAUGUUGCUCUGAGAUUCAUAACGGAAAAGUUGGAGGCUAACGAGAUGACGGUCGCCGAAGUCGCUCAGGCUUUGAUUGCAUCGGUUCACAUGGUGACCGCAGACACCGAGGCCAUUAAGUUGAUCAACGUGAGUUCAAGUCUUUUAAUGCUUCAGAAAAUCCCAAUUCUGCGCGAGCUUGUCAGCCUCGCAUACGGUACCAUGGUUUACAAACAUUGUCUUGACAAGCCGGUCUGUCCUGUCGAGCUGAUCAAGCCCGUCCACGAAUAUCUUCAAAAAGAUUUGGUUAAGGCCAAACCACAAGAGAUUAUUUACACUUUGAAGGUGUUGGGUAAUGCUGGCCAUCCUAUGAGCGUGAAACCGAUCACUAAGAUCCUGCCCAUACAUGGCACAGCAGCGACAAGCCUGCCCGUGAGUGUUCACGCCGAGGCGAUCAUGGCCUUGAGGAACAUUGCCAAGAAGGAACCAAGAAUGGUCCAAGACCUGGUUCUUCAGCUGUAUAUGGACAAGGCUCUUCACCCUGAGCUCCGUAUGCUGGCCUGCAUUGUGCUCUUCGAGACACAGCCGCCGGUUGGUCUGGUGACAAACCUUGCCAACAUUUUGAGGACGGAGGAGGACAUGCAGGUGGCUAGCUUCACCUACUCUCACAUGAAGUCCCUGACGAGAAGCACUUCCCCAAACCAUGCUUCCAUUGCCGCCGCUUGCAACGUCGCAGUCAAACUCUUGAGCAGGAAGCUGGAAAGACUGAGCCUCCGUUUCAGCAGAGCCAUUCAGAUGGACGUCUAUAGCAAUCCCCUGAUGCUUGGGGCUGCUGCCACUACUUUCUACAUCAACGAUGCUGCCUCCAUUUUGCCUAGAAGCAUCAUGGCUAAGACCAGUGCCUACAUUGCUGGGGCUGCCGCUGACGUCCUAGAGGUCGGAGUGAGAACUGAGGGACUCCAAGAGACUCUGCUGAAAAGUCACGCAUUAACUGAUGACGUGGACAGGCUCACGAAGAUGAAGCGCGUCAUUAAGGCUUUGUCAGAGUGGAGGUCCAUGCCCAACACCAAGCCUCUGGCCUCCAUUUACGUCAGGCUCUUCGGGCAAGAAAUUGCUUUCGUUGACUUUGACCAGACUUUGAUGAAGGAGGUCAUUAAAACUAUCAAUUGUCUGCGAAAUUAAUUUCCAAGUAUAUUUAAGAUUUGGUUUGCACCCACACAGUUGGAAAAAAGGAUCUCUGUUGAGGAGCUUAGUAGGAGUGCCCUCAAGUCUCUGCUGUCUGGAGCUUCCUUCCAUGUUGCCAAACCAGUGUUGGUAGCUGAAGUGCGGCGCAUCAUGCCAACAGCUGCCGGAUUCCCCAUGGAGCUUGGUUUCUACACUUCUGCUGUGGUCGCUGCAAAUGUUAAUUUGACGGCCACCGCAACACCACCUCUGCCAGAACCCAUUCAGUUCAGACAACUUCUGAAAAGCAACGUGGUGCUCAACACUGAGAUCAGACCCAGCAUCGCUUUGAGUACCUUUGCCGUGAUUGGAGUGAACACUCCCAUCCUCCAGGCUUCCCUUGUCUCAAGAGUCAAGCUCAACUCUAUUGUACCAGCUAAGAUUUCCGCAAAGCUCGACAUUGCAGAGGGACACUUUAAGAUUGCGGCUCUACCCGUUUCUGUACCUGAAGAGGUUGCUGCUGUUGACAUUCAGUAUUAUGCUGUGGUGAGAAACAUUGAGGAACUUGCAGCUGAAAAGAUCACUCCCCUCAUACCUGCCAACACCUAUAAGCCCAAUUCAAAGGAGAUCCUCACCUCGCGGGUCAUUUCCUCUGAGUCUGUUAGUUCGUCCCAAUCUUCAGAACUCCUUCAGCGUGAUACAGAGAAAGAUACCAAGCCAAUCCAGCGCAAGGCACUUGACAAGAAGUACUGUGUCAAAGCUCCUGGCGUUGGACUGAGAGGAUGUUUCAAGGUCUUCUCUGAAAAUGCUGCGUACAUCACAGACAACUUGCUGUACAGACUGGCAGGAAGGCAAUUAGUCUCUUUAUCUGUGAAAAGGAUUGAGGGAGAAGCCGUGGAAAGACUGGAGAUGAUGGUUCAGUUUGGACCUAAGGCUGCAGAGAAGCUUAUCAAGCGUAUCAAUCUGAGUGAAGACGAAAUCGAAGGAAGGCCAGUCCUGAUGAAGCUCAAGAGACUUCUCAACAGCACCUCCUCUAGCUCCUCCUCAUCAUCUUCUUCCUCCUCCUCAUCCUCUUCUUCAAGUUCCAGCUCAAAAGUUCAGUCAUCAUCUUCGGUCAGCAGCAGCAGGAAGAGCAGCAAACGCAGUUCUUCGAGAUCUGUCAGGCUUUCCAGAAGCAGCUCUGGAUCUAGUUUGUCCUCCCUCUUCAGUGCCAGCUCUAGGUCUUCCAGCUCCAGUCGAAAAGUAUCAAAGCGAGUGAUUUACAGCCGCACCUUCCAGAGGAACCACAAGAAGUCUCUUGCUACCUCAAAAUCAAAAUCUAGAAGCAGAAGCAGCGCCUCAAGCUAUGAAGCCAUUUACAAGCAGACUAAAUUCCUGGGCAAAGAAAUUGCUCCCAUCUUUGCCGUCAUCUUCCAAGCUGUGAGAGCCGACGGCAAGCUCCAGGGAUACCAAAUCGCCGGCUACGCAGACUUGCCUACUGCCAGACUUCAGGUCAUCCUGGCCAACCUGGCUGCUGAUAACAACUGGAUUCUCAGUAUGGAUGGCGUCUUGCUAAGCAGGCACAAAGCCACAGCUAAAGUAGCUUGGGGAGAAAAGGGCAGGCAGUAUGAGAUGAUGUUCACCGCUGAGACUGGUCUUCUUGGCCAGAGCCCGGCCGGUCGUCUAAGAAUGGCUUGGAAAGAACUGCCAUCUUACUUCAGGCGCUAUUCAAAGAUGGCUUAUCGGUACAUUCCCGAUUACGUGCUGGACCGCUUCAUUCAAGGGAAGGACAACAACAGCCUCAAUCAGCUGUCAGUCACAGUGGCUGUAACAUCUGAAAGGACCUUGGAUUUGAUUUUGAAGACACCCACACGCAGCAUCUAUAAGCUGGCUUUGCGUCUCCCUAUUGCUCUGCCACUGGAUGAGUUCACAGGUCUGACACCCUUUGACGACCUGGCCGAUAAAGUCCAUUACUUGAUCUCAAAGGCCGGCGCAGCCGAAUGUAGCUACAGCAGAAACAUCCUGACCACCUUCAACAACAGGAAAUACACCAACGAGAUGCCGCUGUCUUGCUACCAGGUUAUGGCUCAGGACUGCACACACGAGAGGAAGUUCAUGGUGUUGCUGAAGAAGGACAGCUCCGACCACCAUCACAUCAACGUUAAAAUUGCUGACCUCGAUAUCGACCUGUUCCUGAGGAGGGAUACUAUUAUCCUGGAGGUAAAUGGAAAGGAUUUGCCCAUCUCCAGCCUGCCGUACCAACACCCAACAGCUAAAAUCCAGAUCAGACAAACCGGAGAAGGCAUUUCUGUCUUUGCUCCAAGUCUGGGACUUCAUGAAGUCUACUUUGACAGCAAAAUCUGUAAAGUUAAAGUUGUGGACUGGAUGAGGGGACAGAUGUGUGGACUCUGUGGAAUGUCUGACGGGGAGACCAGGAAGGAAUUCAGGACAUCUACCGGACGGGUGACCAAGAACGCGGUCAGCUAUGCUCAUUCCUGGGUUCUUCCCGCCGAGAGCUGCCGAGACAACACAGAAUGUCGCAUGAGGCUGGAAUCCGUGCAGCUGGAGAAGCAGAUGAACGUACACGGCCGGGAGUCCAAAUGUUUCUCCGUUGAGCCCGUUCUGCGCUGCGUGCCCGGCUGCUUCCCCGUCAAGACCACCGCCCUCACUGUCGGCUUCCACUGCGUUCCCGCCGACGAUGCAACGACUCGCCAAGAUUUCUACAACUACAGCGCCGACAUCAGGGAAUCGACGCAGGCCCACCUCGCUUGCACCUGCGCUGCUCAGUGUGCAUAAGAAAAUGUACUUCUGUCAAUUUGUCUCUAGCUUUGGAAUGCCAAUUUAAAUAAAGCUCAU